AAGACGCAACCUAAAAUUUAACAGACAACCUGGCACUGCUAACUGUUUUCUGGUUUUUGAUUUGUUAUCGUUCACAUGCUCUUAUAUAUUUCCGUUCCGAAAGCUACUGAAAACCUCGAAAACCAUCUAAAUUGAAAUCAGAAACAUAUUGAAGGAAAAAAACACAAUCCGCCUUCGUUUUUGCUUGAUCAUUAUCUCAAUUGAUGGACUUAACGAUCUCGAUCGGCUCGUGUUCCAAAGAGCAGCAGAAGAUCUACCAGGAAUGGUUCAAUUACGCUGAUUCAGAUGGCGAUGGUCGAAUUACGGGUAAUGACGCAAUUAAGUUCUUCUCUUUGUCGAAUUUGUCCCGACAAGAACUCAAGCAGGUGUGGUCCAUUGCAGAUUCCAAGAGACAGGGAUACCUUGGUCUUGAAGAGUUCAUAGGUGCUAUGCAGCUGGUUUCACUUGCUCAAGAUGGACUUGAGAUAACACAUGAUCUUUUGAAUAGCAAUGUUGACUUCCACAAUUUGAAACUUCCUGUAAUGGAAGGUUUGGACGCUUUAAUUGCAAAGAAAAAGCGUUCAUCAAAGACAUCUGGUCCUGAUGUGAAUGGUAGUCCCCAACCACAGCCUUCACCUUCAGCUAGUUGGUUUUCUUCAAAGUCAUCCAAAAAGAUAUCUCUGUCCUCUGUUACAUCAAUAAUUGAUGGCUUAAAGAAAUUGUAUGUUCAGAAGCUAAAACCCUUGGAAGUUGCCUAUCAUUUUAACGAUUUUGUGUCCCCAUUAUUGACUAGUAGUGAUUUUGAUGCCAAACCGAUGGUCAUGCUUUUGGGUCAGUACUCCACUGGAAAAACAACAUUCAUAAAACAUUUGCUCAAAAGAGGCUAUCCAGGAGCUCAUAUUGGACCUGAGCCGACAACUGACAGAUUUGUUGUUGUUAUGUCUGGAGCUGAUGAAAGAAGUAUACCAGGGAAUACUGUUGCUGUCCAAGCCAACAUGCCAUUCAAUGGUCUCACAACUUUUGGAACUGCAUUUUUGUCAAAGUUUGAGUGCUCUCAAUUGCCACAUCCUCUUCUAGACCACAUUACAUUUGUAGAUACUCCGGGAGUUUUGUCAGGAGAGAAGCAACGAACACAGCGAUCCUAUGAUUUUACUGGUGUAACAUCAUGGUUUGCUGCGAAGUGUGACCUCAUUCUACUUCUAUUUGAUCCACACAAACUUGAUGUCAGUGAUGAGUUUAAGCGUGUGAUUUCAUCAUUACGUGGUCAUGAUGACAAGAUUCGUGUGGUUUUGAACAAGGCAGACCAAGUUGAUACUCAACAACUGAUGAGGGUUUAUGGAGCUUUGAUGUGGUCACUAGGAAAGGUACUUAAUACUCCUGAAGUUGUACGUGUCUACAUUGGCUCAUUCAAUGACAAACCUGUAAGUGAAGCUGCAACUGGUCCAAUUGGAAAAGAACUUUUUGAAAAAGAGCAAGAAGAUCUUCUAGCUGAUCUAAAAGACAUUCCGAAAAAGGCUUGCGAUCGCCGAAUCAAUGAAUUCGUGAAGCGAGCCAGAGCUGCCAAGAUACAUGCUCUUAUCAUCAGUCAUCUUAGAAAGCAGAUGCCGGCUAUGAUGGGCAAAGCCAAGACUCAACAGAGACUCAUUGAUAAUUUGGCUGAUGAAUUUGGAAAGGUCCAAAGGGAGUUCCACCUACCUCUAGGAGAUUUUCCAAAUGUCGAGGAGUUCAAAGAGGUUUUGAGUGGUUACAGCUUCGACAGAUUCGAGAGGCUGAAGCCAAAAAUGAUACAAGCUGUCGAUGACAUGCUAGGCUAUGACAUCCCCAAUCUGUUGAAGAAUUUCGGAAAUCCCUAUGAUUAGUUCCGCCAAGAUUGAAAUCCAGAAGGUAAAAUCACUUCUAUCUGGUAUUGUAAUACCUAUUUGUGGAAACAAUUUUUCAGAUAUAAAUUGUCAAUUGCUUGCCUCAGCGGGACUUUAGAUUAUAAUCAAAUUUAUAAAAGGUUACUUUUAUUUAUUUUUGAAA